AAAUUAGUACAUUUUCCAUUUUCAACAUGUCCCUUGUUGUCUGCAUGCAUGGUCCGUUUGACAGAUUGCCAUCGUUUUGUGUUUCUUCAUUGCAGUGCAGGUCGUGUGAAUUUUUAAGGAUGUCGCUGGGACCGUUCUUCCGUUCUCCCUUCACGGAUCUGACCGCAUCGAUGGUCAACUUCCAGCAGUAUGACAAAUGCGGCGAGCUGGAAAUGGCAUCGAUCGACUGUCUGGAAGCCUACGGAACGGUCAAGGGAUCGGAAAAGUGCGCCAACAUUUUGGCCGAUUUCCAGGAGUGCGCCUUCAUGAAUCUGCAAAUGAAGCGAUUCCAGGCUAUGCGUUUGGAGAGACAUCGUCAGGGUCUGAUGGGUGAGAGAAAGCCCAGUGAAUACUAUGCCAAGGCGCCACGCGUCGACGCUUAUUAGUUCGAUGAAAUCGUAAUUCGUCAUUUUAAUAAAUUAAUUUGAUAAAUCUGUAAUGCAAAA